AAAAUAAAAAUUGUCGAAAUAUGUGAGCAUUGCUUUUAGUAUUGCCAUCUGGUACAUAACUAGCAAACUGAACGCAGCUUUCUGUAACGUUAGAUUUCCAGCGCGUGUUUUGAAUAGUUUCUAUGCCAACUAGACUGACAACAAUCUCAAAGUUUGUUUACAAAUGUCCUCCAACGUGUUACUAAUGCUCACUUCUAAUGCCUUCAGGGUGUUACUUAUUGAUUUUUCUUCAUUGUUAAGUCAAUAGUUGGCAAACAAAAUAAACGGUAAGUUGUAUAUUCUAUUUCCAUUGAAGAGAAUCGAUUUUCACGAUUGUAUGACUCACAAUUUCGAUGACAUGUUUAUUACAGAUACACUUAGGAACCUCUUGUUUAUCUUUCAGAAAAAUGGUCAAAUAAAUGUCUUUUUUCUUUAAUAUUUUUACAAUGUCGACUGAUGUUCCGCCGUUGAAACCACGCCGAAAAAAAUUAGAAGUUCCAGUACACAAAACAAGCGAUGAUUCUAAAAUUAAUCUCGAAACUAAAAAAACAUACAGUGCCAAUUUUCAUUCAAAAAGGUACAAAAAUAGAGACGAGAAGUCACCAAGAGAUGUCGAUUCCGUGUCGCAGAAAGUCAGUAGGAGAUAUCUCAGUAAGGAAAAUACGCGUCUUGCGAAAGAAAACGAGGAAAUUGUUGUUAAAUUUAACGAAUUGGAAGAAAUGAGCGUGAGAAAGAUACUUAAACUUAAAGAAAAAAUUUCAACGCUUCAAAACACCAACGAGGAAUUAAGCAAAGAGAACAUCCAACUCAAGGACUAUUCUCAGGACCUUUUGACAACUCUUGAAGACUUAAAAUUGCAAUUCGAAAUUAGCAAACAUUGCCGAAAAUGCGAAGAGUCCAAACAAACUCUUCAAAAAUUAACCGAAGAGAAUACGAUUUUGCGAAAUACUAAAAAGGAUUUAGAGGAAGAUUUAAACAUGCUCAAAACUGUGGUUUACCGACUGAACGUUCAAAUGGAACGUUAUCAAGAAAAAUUGAGGAAACUCAACGUCAAAGUCGCUCAAAACGCCACUCCUCAGCACCAAAGUCUUGACAAUAUUCCAGUGGUCGAUGGUCACGACCCUAACAUUUUCGAGCUCCACAAAGACCACUCUCAUACACCCAUCUCUUGGGGGAAAGUCAAUUCGCACACUUUGGGCCCUCUCUUGGACGCUUAUCAAGACACGAUAACAGAAAAAGACGAAAUUAUCGAAUCUUACGAAAGAGAAAUUUCUGAAUUCACCGGAAAACUUAAAGACGUUAUUAAGGAAAACGAGCUCUUGCAUAAAAGUCUCACUGAAGACAACGACUGCAGCAGUAAAUUAAAAAUAGAGUUAGACAACGUUAAACACGAAUUGAAAGAUUUAAGAGAUCAGAACGAUAUUUUAAUAAAAAAGUGUGCUCUAAAGCAGGAUAAGCUGGAGGAGGUUUUGAAGUGUUACGAGUAUAAAGUUGAGCAAAUGAAGAGAGAUUACUCGGUUGUUCAUGACCAGUACUGUAAAAGUCGAACUGAAGUUGCUGCCCUGAAAGAAAGAAAUAAAGCGUUGCUGGACACUCAAGACGAGUUCAAAAACGAAAGACAGAGUUAUAUUCCCUUGUCGGUUCACACGUCAAGUGUGAACGAGUGUAAAAAGUGGUACGAAGAGUUGAAACAUCAGUACGAACAAGAAAAAGUUAAACUUAAAGAAAAUAUCGAAGUUCAAGCUAAGCACAUUGAAGAUUUUGAAAAGAAGAUUUCCCAACACUUAAAGGAGAAAGAGGAGCUUGAAACUACGAUCAAACAUUUGGAAAAACAGAUAAAGAAGGGCGAAGCAAAAUACAUCGAAUUGGAACACACUUUGAGCGAGGUUCAAUUUGCGAAAAGUGCGUGCAGGAAGCAGCUCAAUAAAGCGAUGAGUUUCGCGAAGGAUUUGGUGGCGGAGCAGGAAACUCUGCUGAAAGCUCUCAAUCAAAGGCAGCAGGAAAAUAAAGCUGUGAAAAAGAUUGGGUGUGAUAUUGCCACACGGAUGGACACUUUGCGAAAUCAAUUGAAGGACGUUCAAAGAGAUGCGUGGCAGGAAUUGAGCACUGUUGAGAAACGCAUUCAGGAUCAGAACGAGGCGAUGGAGGCGAUGAAACAAGAGCACAGUGAAGAGAUCGAAAAGUUGCAAAAGAUUAUUAAGGAACAGGAGAGCAAUAUGUUGCUCAAGGAUUCUACGACGCUUCCACUAUCUCACUACUUACUUUUUAGGGACAAACAUAAGUGAUGUAUUACAAAUUUUAGUAAUUUGUUGGGUUUUUGGUUAAUAAAUUAUAAAAAUUUGGUU